CUAGCGAACGUUUGCUAUCUGGCUGCCGUCCAUUCACUGACUUUCUGUGCUUGGGAUAUCGUUAGCUGUCUUCAUAAGCUACCUAAUUCCUCUUGUAUGUGGGACUGGGAGAGACAAGAACGCAUCAGGCAUUUGGACCAGACAAAAGAGCAGGCUCUAAAGUUGGAACCUCCCCACUGUCAUCAGCAGAGUGGCUGAGUGAGUCCAAGGCCAGCGGUGAGUGGUGCUGCUAUCCCAGACCUCCUGUCCAGAGAUCUAACCAGCAUGUCCAGUGACCCCCCUCCUCCCUACCCUGGAGGCCCCACCGCCCCACCACUUAUCGAGGAGAAGAAUGGACAGCCAGUGGUUCCGGGGCCGGCGGCCCCUGUAACCACUGGGCCCCCUCAAGGGUACCCCCUCCCUCCAGACUAUGGCCCCCCACCGUAUGAGGCGACGCAGCCAGGCUUCCUGCCCCCACACGUCCCAGGAGAUUUACCCAUGCCGCAUGGUGGUUUCUACCCUCCGCCUGGUCACUUUGCCCAUGCCAUGCCGGGCCAGUUUGGUCCGGGGCCGAGUCAGUUUGGGCCCGUUGGGGGUCACACUGCUCACACGGUGCUGGCACCACCAGGGACAGCUACCACGGUGACCGUGUUGCAGGGGGAGAUGUUCCAGUCGACGCCCGUACAGACCGUGUGUCCCCACUGCCAGCUGCCCAUCGUCACUCGCAUCAACCACGACGUGGGCCUCAUGAACACACUCUUCUGCCUUUUCUGCUUCUUUGUCGGAUGUGAUCUGGGUUGCUGCUUGAUUCCCUGUCUGAUUGAUGACCUCAAGGAUGUGACGCACACCUGCCCAAACUGCAAGGGCUACAUCUACACAUACAAGCGUAUCUGCUAACCACCGACAAACACGUGUGUGUGUGUGUAUAUAUAUAUAUAAUAUAUAUAUAUAUAUACACACAUAUUAUGCACACAACUCACAGCUCCUUUUGGUGGUAGUUGCAGCCUAUGUUCUUUUCCAAU